UGUGAGAAAGUCCACAUGGGCAUCAGAGAAAAGUCUCUACCACAAAGGAAUAAACUGACAGUUUUUUAUGUUAAAGGGAACAGUGGUUUGGGAGAGUUGCUGAAGCCUGGCUGUUCUCAACCCUGAAAACGGUGUUUGAUUUUCUCUUUUUUCAGUUCAGUUGUUUGCUCGUCAACUUCUGAGUACUUUUUACUUCCACCACGGGGAGUCAAGAGGUGGCUCUCGAUACUGCUUUUAGAAGAAUUUCACUAGAAGCAGAGAUUUUACUACGUGUGACCUGUCAGCGUUCUGAGCAUAAUUUUGUUUUGUUUUUUUUCAUUUUCCUUUUAAUCAUUUGAUGCAUUAAGGCAAAAUGGACUCCUCGUUUUUACCAGAUAUAGACUACAAUCAGACCUAUGUGGAUGAGCAGUUUUACGCUGAAGACAAUAUCGAUGGUUUUGGUAUCACCAUGGCCAUUCUCUACCUGGUGGUUUGCAUCCUGGGACUGGCUGGGAACUCCCUGGUCAUUGUUGCCAUUUUGAAAUUAGACAAAAUGUCAUCAGCCACCACAGUGUACAUUUUCAACCUGGCACUGGCAGACGGACUCUUUAUGGUUGGUCUUCCCUUCAUAGCCAGCCAGAACUUCCAGAACCACUGGAUGUUUGGCGACAUUGCAUGCAAAGUGGUCAUGGUGCUGGACGGCAUCAAUCAGUUCACCAGCGUCUUCUGUCUGACGAUGAUGAGCAUCGAUCGCUACAUGGCGCUUACUUACCCGCUUCGGUUCGCCCAUUGGAGAACUCCACGCUGCGCCAAGAUAGUUUCAGCGUUCCUGUGGCUGUUCUCGCUCCUGACUAUUCUCCCCAUGGCUCUUCACUUCUCAGCAGAACGAGGUCUGUGUAUACCAGAACUUGUUUCAGGCACCUGGUGGCUCGGCGUCCUCUCUUACACCUUCGUCAUGGGCUUCGCUUUGCCAUUCACCGUCAUGACUGCCUCCUACACAGCGCUGCUGCUCACUUUGAAGUCCAAACGGCUCCAAGCUACAACCCCAAACCCUGAGAGCCACCGGCUGGAAAAACAGGUCACCAAGAUGGUGGUCGCAGUGGUGGUUGUGUUCGGCAUAUGCUGGCUGCCAUUUUACACCUUCAACUUUUGCUCCCUGUAUCAAAAUGGCCUGGUCCUUACCUUUGCCCGGGCUUUUGAGGUUGUGGUCCUGCUGUCAUACUCGUGGAGCUGUGCUAACCCCAUCCUCUACACCUGCCUCUCUGAAACCUUUAGGAGGCAUUUCCGCACCCUCCUCUGCCCCACCACCAAGACUUCUCCCAGCAUGCAGUGCAACACUGAACGGUAUGACCUUACCAACACAGAUGUGCGGGAUAUCACAAUUCUGGCAUAGAGAGAAGACAAAAAACUGA